AACUUUCAUCGAAUUCCCCCAAUUGUUGUAAUGUUCUAAGCGACUCAUAAUUGGUUAUUUUUGGAAGUAAUCAUGGCGAGGUUACGUUUUCCUGGCCGUCCUGGCCAUCGCUUUGAUCGUUUAAGCCUUCGGUAUUUUGCAGAUGACAUUAAGAAUUCGCAGGACCCAUCUUUAGCAUUUUUGCCACAAUUCCAACACGGCCUCAAAUCAUUUAGAGACAUCGUUGGUUUGUCGGAUGAGGAUGAUGAAUUUGAAGGAUUCACUGCUAAAGAACUCAAAGAUGGUGAGAAGAAGCUUACUUUGUUUAAUAAAGAGCAGCAAAAGAAAGAAGAAAUGGAGGCACAGAUGUCAGAGCUGGGCGAACCCGUAGAAUAUGGGGGGGAAAAGCUCAGGAAAAUACGUAUAUCCUUAAAAUCUUGGCCAGCGCCAGUAAAACCUGGAGUGAAAAUGAAACAUGUUGAAAAAUCCAAUGAAGUCUUACUUGAAGACAAAAGUGUUAGUCCAGGUAAAGCUAAAUUUCAUUCUACAAAGUUAAAAGGUUCAAAGUUAUUUGACCACCGAAAGAAACCAAAGAAAUUUAAAUUGGACUAUAAACAUGGACUUCAUGAUACUGGUAAUUUGGAAGGGAAAAGUAAAAAAUCCGACAUGGACAUGGCAAAGUUCUUGCUUGAGAAGGCUAAACAAGCUAACAAACUACAAGAGCAAGCUAAAGCCCGCCGUUUGGCUGCUUCCAAGAAACCCGUCCAAGUUCAGCGAAGAGAGUUUGUAUUGCCAACACAGAGUUCGCGUUCAUCUCGGGUGAUUAAACCAAAUAAGAGGUUCUUGGAAUCAGAUACUGUGAAUACAACUGUUAUUAAAAAAUCCAAAUGUGAAGAAAUUGUCGAAACUACACCAGAAAAACAACCAGACUCGACUUUCAAACUUGAACGAAAAAAGAGUUUAGACAGUUUCCGUCCAAGUUUCAGUGGCAGUCCGAACAGUAUAGGGUUACUUGACCAACCACUCAUAGUGGACGGUAAAAGAGACAGAAAACCAAGUUUGAAAUUACAAAUGUCUGAUGAUGAGUCCUCCCUGUUCUCUCCUACAAAGUCUGCGAUGACCAGUCCAUUGGCAGCACCCAAACUGGGAACCAGUCUGUUUGCAGGGUCCCAGUUUCAGAAGGCAUCAGAGAAACAGAAAUUUAGCAUGAUGGGAUUUGGUGCCUCUAGGUUACACGGAACAUCUAUUGUUCAGAAAGCCAAGUUGCAACUUAAUAGGGCAGCCCUGAAUAAGUCAAAAGCAGCGUUGGCGAGGUCACUGAAGGCAGAAAUGAAACGUGAAGCUAAAUAUGCAGAACAAGCAAAACAGUAUGAAGCUGAAACCACUACGACAGUACCAACUGAUAAACCAGUCAUGGAGAAAGGGAAAAGGGGACGAAAGAGAAAGAGUUGUGCUGUCUGCGGAAAGAAAACAGACUUGACUGUUUGCUAUGAGAAGAUACUGGCCUGCAUGUCUUGUAGAAGAUUUUACAAGGAAAUAAAAUGGUUUAUUAAUGUAGGCACUUUCACCAAACCAAUCUGUUAUAAGAAUGGUAUGUACAUGUACUUAUGA